GCCCAGCAUGGAUGUUUGAGGGUUGUGCUUAGGCCGUGAUGAAAACCAAAAUGGCGUUUAGCUUGGACAGGACGAGCGGGGGAUAGUUGGAGAGGAAAAGAAAGUAGGCACUUGUAAGGCGAAUUUGGUGCCUGUUUACGUUUCGGGUUGAGGCGUAUUAAUAAUCAUAAAAGAAGAUUUGUAGAGACCUGGGGGGGGUCAAAGGAGUUCAGCGAGGAUUGGGUGCUCGGAGCCGCGGAGUGUCGGAGCGCUGGGAUGGGCUGAGAGCGAGCGCAGGCCGCAGAGGUGCAGCCACCCUGAGAGAGAGAGAGAAAGAGAGAGAGAGAGAGUGACCCGCUGGCAAACAAUAGAGCGUGUGAUCAGCCGAGGCGAUCACCCUGACACGACUUUUUCUCGUUUUUCUCUUCAGCCUGGGCUCGAAAUCCAUCUGAGGAAGCGCACACACACAUCCAGUGGCGGAAUGGCAAUGGAGGCCGGGGAUGAGUUUAUUCCGCCUCCAGAGUGUCCCGUGUUCGAGCCGUCCUGGGAGGAAUUUGCAGAUCCGCUCGGAUACAUUGCCAAGAUCCGUCCAAUCGCAGAGAAGUCAGGAAUAUGCAAGAUUCGCCCUCCACCGGACUGGCAGCCACCUUUUGCUGUGGAAGUGGACAAUUUCCAUUUUACACCCCGUAUCCAGAGACUGAAUGAACUCGAGGCCGAGACGAGAGUGAAGCUGAAUUAUCUGGACCGGAUAGCCAAAUUCUGGGAGAUCCAGGGCUCUUCGCUCAAAAUCCCUAACAUCGAGCGACGCAUCGUCGACCUGUUCAGCUUGUCCAAGAUCGUCACAGAAGAAGGGGGCUUUGAGACGGUCUGUAAGGAGAGGAGAUGGGCCCGAGUCGCCCAGAAGCUCGGCUACCCUCCGGGCAAAAACAUCGGCUCCCUCCUGCGGUCGCACUACGAGAGAAUCGUCUAUCCUUUUGAGAUGUUCCACUCUGGUGCUAGUUUACUGCAAUGUAAGCCCAGGCCAUAUGAAAGUGAGGAUAAGGAUAAGGAUAAAGAUAACGUGGACAAAGAGUACAAGCCCCACUCCAUUCCUCUUCGCCAGUCAGUCCAACCCUCCAAGACCAGCAGUUAUGGCCGACGAGCCAACCGUCUACAGCCUGAGGGUCCAGAGGAUCCGACUCUCCACCCUCUUACCACUGGCUCUCAACACAGCUCCUCGCCGGAACCCACCGAGGAGGACAUAGAGAAGAACCCGGAGCUGAAGAAGCUGCAGAUCUAUGGAGCUGGACCCAAAAUGAUGGGACUGGGCCUGGUGGCUCGAGAUAAGGCUAGAAAGAAAGAUGAACUUCCCCAGACUGUAAUCGUUAAGGAAAACAGCGGCAUCAAAGAAGAACCAGGCGAGACGUUAAUUACCAAGUCGGAGCCGGACAUCCCCCCACCACCCCCAAACCUCAUCGUAAAAGAUGAAGUUAAGAAAAAGGAAGAGGACGAGAGUCGAACCGUGGCAGCGAAAGAUCCUAUUAAAGACGAACCCUGCACCAAGAUGACCAUGCGGCUGAGACGCAACCACAGCAGCUCACAGUUUGUGGACUCGUUUGUGUGCCGUAUGUGUGGCCGUGGGGACGAGGACGAGAAGCUGCUACUAUGUGAUGGUUGCGAUGAUAAUUACCACACUUUCUGCCUUCUGCCUCCUCUUACAGACCCUCCCAAGGGCAAUUGGCGCUGCCCCAAAUGUGUAGCAGAGGAAUGUAAGAAACCCGCCGAAGCUUUUGGUUUCGAGCAGGCGACACGAGAAUACACGUUACAGAGUUUCGGCGAGAUGGCGGACACGUUCAAAGCUGAUUACUUCAACAUGCCUGUCCACAUGGUCCCAACAGAGCUGGUUGAGAAGGAGUUUUGGCGAUUAGUCAGUAGUAUUGAAGAGGAUGUGACUGUCGAGUAUGGUGCUGACAUUCACUCCAAAGAGUUUGGGAGCGGUUUUCCUGUCAACAACGGCAAGAGACAUUUAACCGAAGAAGAAGAGGCCUAUGCACGUAGCGGCUGGAACCUGAACGUGAUGCCAGUGUUGGAGCAGUCAGUAUUGUGCCAUAUCAAUGCCGACAUCUCGGGUAUGAAGGUUCCGUGGCUGUACGUGGGCAUGGUGUUCUCUGCCUUCUGCUGGCACAUCGAGGACCACUGGAGCUACUCAAUCAACUACUUACACUGGGGGGAGCCCAAGACAUGGUAUGGCGUUCCUUCAGUAGCAGCAGAACAUCUGGAGGAAGUAAUGAAGAAGCUCACUCCUGAACUUUUCGAGUUCCAGCCAGAUCUGCUCCAUCAACUCGUCACAAUCAUGAACCCUAAUAUACUCAUGGCCCAUGGAGUGCCGGUUGUGCGUACGAAUCAGUGCGCUGGAGAGUUUGUCAUCACUUUCCCUCGAGCCUAUCACAGUGGCUUCAAUCAGGGAUAUAAUUUUGCUGAAGCCGUGAACUUCUGCACUGCAGAUUGGCUGCCCCUAGGGCGGUCAUGUAUUGAGCAUUACAGGCACCUCAGACGCUACUGUGUUUUCUCUCAUGAGGAGCUCACUUGCAAAAUGGCCGCCUGCCCGGAGAAGCUGGACCUGAACCUGGCUGCAGCCACACACAGGGAAAUGUUCAUUAUUGUCCAAGAAGAGAGGAAACUCCGCAAGGCCCUGCUGGAGAAGGGUAUAACAGAGGCCGAGCGAGAGGCGUUUGAGUUGUUGCCCGAUGAUGAGAGGCAGUGUGAUAAGUGUAAGACCACCUGCUUCCUGUCGGCUCUGGCUUGCACCAACUGCCCUGAUCGCCUCGUUUGUCUCUACCACACGCAAGACCUCUGCUCCUGUCCCAUAGACAAACUCUACCUCAGGUAUCGCUACACUCUGGACGAACUGUUGGCCAUGUUGUACCGGUUGAAGGUUCGAGCCGAGUCCUUCGACUCUUGGGCUAACCGAGUGAAAGAAGCCCUUGAACAGGAGGAGGGCAACAAAAUAGACUUUAAAAAUCUGGAGGCACUGAAAGAGGAGGCGGCAGAACGUAAAUUUCCUGACAACGAGCUGCUCCAACGGCUCACUGUUGUAAUGGCUGACCUGCUUAAGUGCCAGAGCAGGAGCACAGAGCUUCUGAAUGGCACGCAGAGCAGUAAGAUGAGUCUUCAGGAGCUCCGGGAAAUGGUGGACACCAUGCAAAACCAUCCUUGUGCAGUUGAGCAGCUUGGGGAGGUGCAGGUUGUGCUACAGAAGGUGGAGGCGUUUGAGUCACGUGCCCAGGCUGUAGUGAGCAGCAGUGGCGGUGAGUGGAAACAGUCCUCCACUCCAUCAGAAGAGGAUCUGCAGGCUUUGUUAGAGGAGGGCUCUGCGCUUCCGGCUCUAGCCCCUGCCUGUGGACUCCUGUCCGGCCUGCAGGAACAGAGACGCUGGCUGGAGCAGGUGCGCAGGACAAUCGGGCCUGGGGGUGGAGAGGUGACUCUGGCUGUUCUAAGAAAUCUGAUGGAGGCCGGCUGCAAUGUGCUGCAGGGCGUCAGCGUUGAGACCGCCAUGGCAGAGCUGCAGGAGCUGCUGACCAUCGCAGAGCGUUGGGAAGAGAAGGCCCAGAUCUGUCUUGAAGAUCGGCAGAAGCACCCACUCUCCACAUUGGAGGCCAUAGUGAAUGAGGCCCAGCUAAUCCCUGUGCAGUUGCCCAACAUCUUGGCUCUCCACGCCUGCCUGAGUCGAGCCCAUGCCUGGGUCACAGACCUAGAGGAAAUCCAGCAGAAUGGAGAGCACUACCCAUGUCUGGAUGAUCUAGAGGGUCUAGUGGCGAUUGGCCGUGACCUUCCUGUACGGAUGGAGGAGCUGCGACAGCUUGAGCUGCAGGUUGCCAGUGCUCACUCCUGGAGGGAAAAAGCCAGCAAGACCUUUCUGAAGAAGAACAGUCAGCACAGCCUUCUGGAGGUAUUAUGUCCGUGUGUGGAAAAGAGGAAGAAGAAGGAGGAAGACACACUGAGCUCAGAAACCGACUCUGAUGUGGAUGUGUUGGGGCUCACUGCACAGGACCUCAGAGAUCCAGGAGCCAUUGUAAUGGCAUUCAAGGAGGGGGAACAGCAUGAAAAAGAGGCUCUGCUGCGAAUGCGGCAGCUGAACCUGGCCAAACCCGGCCUGGAGAAGGCGCCCAAGGAGGCACAGACUACAGACAUCAAACAAGAGCAGAGGUGGAAUGAACCAAUGGACAUGGACACGUCUCUUUCCUCAGAAAAAGUCUCACAACAGAAUGGUGGUUCCACUCACUUCCACACAGUCAGCCAGUCUGUGUGUGUUUGCGGUGAACAGUCACAUGCUCUGCUCCACCGCUGCCAUUUGUGCAAAGACUGGUUCCACGGAGGUUGUGUGCCCUUCCCUUGUGUACUGGGACCUACUGACGUGCCACUUGUAAACCCACUCUGUUGGUGGGACUGGGACACACGAUUCCUGUGCCCGCGGUGCCAGAGAACACGGCGUCCACGGCUAGAAACUAUUCUGGCUUUGUUAGUGGCAUUGCAGAAGCUGCCUGUGAGACUGCCAGAGGGCGAGGCUCUGCAGUGUCUCACAGAGAGAGCGAUUAACUGGCAGGGCCGAGCCAAACAAGCUCUGGAUUCCCCUGAGCUGCAGGGGGCACUGCAGAGACUUCAGGACCUGAAAGAAACACAGAGCACGGCAAAGGAGCAGCCGGAGGUGGAAAAGAAAGGUAAUUCGGAAGAGGUGAUCGUACUGUCGGACUCCGAGGAGCCGGAAGAUAGCGUGAUCGAUCUGACGGAGGAGUGUGACGCGAUGAAACGCAACAGGGAUGCAGCUGCUAAUGGAAUACAGUCUGGUUGUGAAAAUGGCGUUAAGAAGCCAGACACUGAAAAUAUAACAGGGUUGGAGUCUCUGCUGCCAUUAAUACCAUAUCUUAAAGGGCCAGUAAUCGAACUGGCCCCUUCAACAAGAGCUCAGUUAGAAGAGCUGCAACUUGAAGGUGACCUGCUCGAGGUUACUCUCGAUCAGACGCACACCAUCUAUCGACUCCUGCAAGCAGCAUCUCCGCCUCCUCGGCAGACUCUACACACGCUUAUACAGAUCGAGUUGCAGGAACAGAAGCGCUCAGGUCGUAGCAGCAGGAUGAAGGACUCCAAAAGGAAGAGGAAAAGUCAGAAAUCUGAAGGAGGAGCGAAGCCCACAGAGGCCUCGGAGUCAAAAAAGACACGACCUGUUAACCACACGCCUGUACAGCAACAAGAGGAGAUCUUGUGAUAUGUUGGGAACAUGUGAAGGAGAAAAUGGCUAAAAAGGUGACCCACAGAACGGUUCUCAAAUCGCUCUGGGCCAAAAAAUAAACACCCCAUCCAGACAGUAGAGGAAAUUUUUCACAGCGGUUCUACGUAAUAAGCUCACACUCUGCUUUCCCCCCCAUUUGCACACAUUCACUCCCUCUUGUUGGUGCCUGUUGUUGAGCGCUGCACCCCCUCCCUUUUUUUUUUUUUUUCCUGGAUGGCAUUAAGCAUCGUGUCUGUCCUCCUUCACUCCAACGAUUUGUUCCUCCAUCGUUGUGGUUCAUGACGUUCUUUUGUUCACAGCGACUCCGCUCACCUUCUGUCCGCUGCUCUACUCUGGCCAUUACUGAGGAAUGGCACCGGCGUCCUGCUGUCCAUCUUUCUGUACUAUUACACUGUACCACGCAGUGCUCAACUCCCAAAAACGCCAACAUAAUGUGAUAUAGUUUAGCCCCACACACACACACACACACACACACACACACAGUGGUUCGGUAGCGCUGGACAUAGAAAUGGGAACGUGGCCCAGAUGCCGUGAAUAUGACUUGUAUUUUUUAUGUACCGAGUCUCGUGUUUUUGUUGAGGCUGUCGAGACUCUCCGUUUUGAAUGAACUAGUUAAAAAAAUAAUAAUUGGGGGAGAAAAACGGCAUUUGAGUUUUGGUGCUACUUUCCCAAAAUAGGUCAUUGUACAUUACACCUAUUCUGUCUACUGACUUUAAUUUGAAAUCUCUUCUCUUUUCCACCUUUUAUUAUUUUUUUUACUACUUGGUUGCUUUAUUUUCUCUCCUUUUCUUUCUCUCUUGUUUUCCAAGGUACUGUACAAACACCUCACUGUAAUUCACUGUUUCCUUUGUUUUCGUCCUGAAUUCUAAUAAAUACAUUAUUGUUGUUUAUUA